CCCAGCUCAAGCAACACCUCAAGCAGAACCAUGCACCUUCCAGGAUUCAUACUCUUCCUUGCCACCGUCGCAACCGGUGUCACUUUUGGCUCCGCACAGGAAAAGCAGCCGAUCCUGUUCGCAGCCACGCAAAACACCGACCCGGCCAAGGGUAUCUACACUUACAAGUUAGACACCACCGAUGGAUCCCUCACGCAAUGGGCGGUCACACCGCUCAGCUUUGCGACAGGAGGAACUAACCCCACCUAUCUCCAAGAAGCGACCAACAAGAAAUACGACGGCAAGCCUUUGAUCUACGCACUCAACCGUGCGACGGGUAUCGGAUACGUGUCGGCGAUGACACUGAACGCCAACGGCAAGCUUGAUCUCCUCAACACGCAGCAAAUGCUGGGCGGUUCCCCAGCCCACAUCACGCUCAGUCCGAACGAAGACUUCGUCGCUGUCGCUAACUACGCUGGAAGUCUCUCCCUGUUUCCGCUCUAUGAGAACGGAACCGUGGCACCCGAAACGUAUUACGAGGCUUUCCCGAAUGGAAGUCGCGUCGUCAUGGACCAGCAGGCUACGGGUCAUAUCCACAGCACGAGGUGGUUGCCUAACUCCAACCAUGUGGUAGCUUUCGAUCUUGGAGGUGAUACCUUGUUGCAAUACGAGCUGGAUACAACCGCUCAGACGCUGAAAAAGCUCGAGCCGGUCUACCGUCCACCCGGAUCUGGACCACGUCACUCAGUACUGAGCACCAAUGGAGACUAUCUGUACGUCACGGACGAGAUCUCCAACACUGUCGGUGUGUACAAGAUCAACCAGCAAACGUCUCUGUUGGAGAGUCCAGCGAUUCAGAACAUCACGACCCUGCCAGCUAACUUCACCACCACAAGCACAGCCGCGGAUAUUCACCUCUCGAAGAACGGUAAGUUCGUGUACGUGUCGAACCGUGGCCACAACUCGAUCGCAAUCUACGCGAUUAAUGAGGUAGAUGAUACGUUGGCGCCCCUCGGUUGGGAGAGUACACGUGGCCGCACACCUAGAGGAUUCACGAUAUAUGAAGAUUGGCUCAUCGUGGCAAACCAGGCGUCGGAUGACAUGUACGUGUUCAAGGUGGACGAGCAGACGGGAUUGCUGACGUACACCGGCAACUCGUACGAGAUCGAUGGCGCGGUGUGUUUGUACGUAUCAAAGUAUGCAUUUUAGUGAGAAUGAGCUUUGCUACGGAGAAUAUAGUACACUCCCCACUGAA